UUUUUGGAGAAAAAUCCCAAUAGGCCUUACAUAACCUCAAUUUGAAUUGCACAAAAAACUGCAAGAAUUUUUAGGAGGGAAAAAGAUGUGUUGACAAGUUGUGAAAUUUUUGGUUUUUCUCGAGUUUUUCUACAAAAAUGACCAAUUCCGAGUUGAAUUUUAGCAAUACUUAUGAGAGAAUAGUAGUUCUUGUGGAUAUGGAUUGUUUCUAUUGUCAGGUGGAGGAGAAACUCAAUCCAGAGCUCAAGGGAAAGCCCAUGGCGGUUGUUCAGUACAAUUCCUGGAUGGGAGGCGGGAUCAUUGCGGUUAAUUAUCCAGCACGAGCGAGAGGUGUCACUCGCCACAUGCGUGGAGAUGAAGCCAGGAAACACUGUCCGGAAAUAGAAUUAGUGAGGGUGCCUUCGGUGAGGGAAAAAGCUGAUUUGACAAAGUACAGAGAUGCUGGGAAGGACGUAGCCAGGGUUCUUCAGUCCUUCACACCCAAUCUCGAGAGGGCAAGCGUAGACGAGGCCUAUCUGGACAUCACUAGCAAUGUCCUCGAAAGAAUGAAGGAAAUGGACCGAGGAGAGUAUUUUAUUAAACCAGAAAAUGUCACCAAUACCUACGCAGUUGGGCACAAGACAUUCGGAGACUUCGUGAGGAGUCUCUCAGCUAGAAUGUCCUCCACGCAGGGCACUCCAGAAGCUGAGGAACUUGAGGAUUUCCGUGCUGUCAAUGCAUCGUGCACUUCGGAAGAGAAAGACGUCAAAAAGAGGAAUGAAGUGAAACUCCUCGUGGCAGCCACAAUUGUCAACGAUAUCCGUCGGGCUGUUAAGGAUGAAACAGGCUACGAGUGCUCAGCUGGAGUUGCGCACAAUAAAAUCCUGGCCAAGCUCGUGGCGGGACUCAAUAAGCCGAAUAAGCAGACAGUCAUCAGCAUUGAUUGCGUCCAGACGCUCUUCGAGGAGAUGCCCAUUCUCAAAGUUAGAGGCCUUGGAGGGAAGUUUGGGGAGAUUGUGUGCCAGAAACUCAACGUGAAAUUCAUGGGGGACCUCUUGGAGUAUUCAGAAGCUGAGCUCCGGAAAGCUUUCAACGAUAAAGAUGGUACCUGGCUGUACUAUUUGGCUCGGGGAAUUGACCUGGAGCCGGUCGUAACCCGGUUAAUCUCCAAAAGUAUCGGUUGCUGCAAGAAAUUUCCAGGGAAAGGAGCAAUAAUUGGAGUGAAUACCCUGAUUCAUUGGCUCAAGGAAUUGGCUUCUGAAGUUGUUGAUCGACUAGAGAAGGAUCAGGAGGAGAACAAUCGUCGCGGGAAACUGCUCACAGUGAGCUUUACGCAAACAAUAGACAAGGAAGAUAUUGCCAGCUCAAGGAGCGUUCACCUGGAAGUCUACGAUGCCCAGAAGAUGGCUGAUGAUGCCUUUGAAGUGAUCAAGAAGAACACAGAUGUCUUCUACGUUGUUGAAAAUCCCUCAAUGCUGAACAAUCCGAUCAAAUUGCUUGGGCUCAGUGUUAGUAAAUUCGAGAAGAAUCAGCUUCCUAAGAAAAAUCCCAUCCAGGAGAUGUUCAAGAAGCAGGAGAGCAAGAAAAAGGAGGAGAAGCCUCAGGAAACGGAAGAGGAACAGGGAUUUUUUCAGAAGUAUCUGGAGAAUGAUGCAGCUGAGGAGAGAUCAGAGACUCCAGAUCCUACAACCGCAAUUGUCCUUGAGGAAACUCCAGAGAAAUCCCAAGAUAGAAGCGAUGGUUUCUUCCAGGAAUUUCUCGAGAAGGAAACCGAGGAACUCCUGAAGGAUUCUCCUCAACCAUCGACUUCCAAAUCGCUCCCGGUAACUCCCAAAAAAUCUCCAUCUGCCCUUCCGGAAAGCAAUUCAGUCUACGAAGCCUCCACUCCGGAAUACAAGAAAACCUACGCAGAAUUCUCUCGUCCUGUCCUCCCGGAAGAGUUCAUGACGGUCUGCGAGAAGUGCAACAAGAGGAUAUCCCAAUUCGAGGCAGCAUCACAUGCAGAUUACCAUUUCGCGCUGCAACUGAGUCAGGAACAGCGAAGUGAAUUUCGAAAGGGAGUCAAGGAGAAAGUAUCAGCCCCGCCAGCGGCUAAGAAGAUGAAGAUGUCCAAGGCAUCCCCAUUGCCGACGAUCAAGAAGUUCCUGAGCAAAGGGGAGGAGCGGAAACCGAGGGAACCAACUGAGGAGUGUCCAGAGUGCAGGAAACAAAUCCCCAUUGGGGAGUUUGUCCAGCAUGCGGACUACCAUGUGGCCAGGAAGUUGCACAUGGAGAUGAAUCGCCAAGAAGUGAGCUCCCAGAAGACUUCAGCUUCCGGAAAGAGCCCCAAAAUGCAAAACAUAGCCAGCUAUUUUACCCAAAAUUUGUGAUGAAAAUUUCAUUAAACCUUUUUUAGUAAA